AUGUCUGAAGUAUCUGCAGAGGCUUUUCCCCACUCCUCGACUCAGCUGAACCCUGCUGCAUCUCUCGAAGGGCUCCCAGCUGAGGACAACAUGUCAGGGAUGCAAACAGAGGACGGGAGGGUCCAGGGUAUAGCAGGCCUUGCCGCUACUUGCUGCGUGUGCCUGGAGGCAGAGCGAUUGAGGGGCUGCCUCAACUCUGAAAAGAUCUGCAUCGUCCCUAUCCUGGCUUGCCUGCUCAGCCUGUGCCUCUGCAUUGCUGGCCUCAAGUGGGUGUUUGUAGACAAAAUUUUUGAGUAUGAUUCUCCUACCCACCUAGACCCUGGGAGGAUAGGGCAAGACCCAGUGAUUUCAGUGGAACCUACUGCUCUGUCUGCUUGGGUGCCUUCAGUGGUGCAUACCUCACCUUUCCCAGUACCGAGCCCUGAAACCAAGGUUGAAGUUACAGUGCAAGCUGAUAGUUCGCUAGUGCCCUCCGAGCCUUUCCUCUUGCCUUCUCUGCAUAACCGUGUCUUAGAUUUUUCAUUGUUGUCCUCCGCCGCACCUUCCUUCCCUCCGCCCACGCUGGAGCCUGAGGUGAGAGAGGCUACCACCCUGUCUCAGGCACAAACAACAGAAACUAAUCUCCAAAUCGCUCCAAAACUUUCCACUUCUACAUCGACUACUGGGACAAGUCAUCUCACAAAAUGUGACAUAAAGCAGAAAGCCUUCUGUGUCAACGGGGGAGAGUGUUACAUGGUCAAAGACCUUCCAAACCCCCCCAGAUAUUUGUGCAGGUGCCCAAAUGAAUUUACUGGUGAUCGCUGCCAAAACUACGUAAUGGCCAGCUUCUACAAGCAUCUUGGGAUUGAAUUUAUGGAAGCAGAGGAACUAUACCAGAAAAGGGUCUUGACCAUAACUGGCAUCUGCAUUGCCCUCCUUGUAGUUGGCAUCAUGUGUGUUGUGGCCUACUGCAAAACCAAGAAGCAACGGAAAAAGUUGCAUGAUCGUCUUAGGCAGAGCCUGCGCUCUGAGCAGAACAACAUGGUGAACAUGGCCAAUGGGCCCCACCAUCCCAAUCCACCGCCCGAAAACGUCCAGCUAGUAAAUCAGUAUGUAUCUAAAAAUGUAAUAUCCAGUGAACACGUCAUUGAGAGAGAGACAGAGACGUCGUUUUCCACAAGUCACUACACCUCGACAACGCAUCACUCCACCACUGUCACCCAGACGCCCAGCCAUAGUUGGAGUAACGGUCGGACGGACAGCAUUAUCUCAGAAAGCCACUCGGUGCUUGUGAGUUCUUCCGUAGAGAACAGCAGGCACGCAAGCCCAGCAGGACCCAGAGGACGCCUCAGCGGCAUAGGAGGUCCACGAGAUUGCAACAACUUCCUGAGGCAUGCAAGAGAGACCCCUGACUCCUACCGAGAUUCGCCUCACAGCGAAAGGUAUGUAUCCGCUAUGACCACACCGGCUCGCAUGUCACCUGUUGAUUUCCACACUCCAAGUUCUCCGAAGUCCCCCCCUUCAGAAAUGUCUCCACCGGUAUCCAGUUUAACUGUAUCUGUCCCUUCUGUGGCGGUCAGUCCCUUUAUGGAAGAGGAGAGGCCUCUGCUUCUGGUGACGCCACCUCGGUUACGGGAGAAGUAUGACCAUCACAUUCAGCAGUUCAAUACCUUCCACCACAACCCUGCCCAUGAGAGCAACAGUCCGCCACCUAGUCCUCUGAGGAUAGUAGAGGACGAGGAAUAUGAGACCACACAGGAGUAUGAGCCAGCACAGGAGCCUCCAAAGAAACUAGUCAACAGCCGGAGGGCAAAAAGAACAAAGCCCAACGGCCACAUUUCCAACAGAUUAGAAGUGGACACCGACACAAGCUCUGAGAGCAGUAGCUCUGAGAGUGAAACAGAAGACGAAAGAAUAGGUGAGGAUACACCUUUCCUGAGCAUACAGAACCCCAUGGCAACCAGCCUAGAGCCAGCCACUGCAUACCGACUGGCUGACAGCAGGACUAACCCAACUAGCCGGUUCUCCACACAGGAAGAAUUACAAGCAAGGUUGUCCAGUGUAAUAGCUAAUCAAGACCCUAUUGCUGUAUAA